AUGCCGCUGUCGAAUACUUCAAUAGCGACGUUGAGGCAACAAAUGGAUGAUAGUAAUCAUGAGUUGGUUAAUAUGUUAACUAAUCAAAUGGGUACAGUUUUUAAUCAUGUGAUACAGGAAUCUACUGAAACAAAUAGGCAGGAUGCUGAUCAAAUUAUCGAUCAACAUCGGCAAGAAGACUUAGCAGUGGAAAAUAAUUUGACAACUAUUAUUGAAAGAAUUAUGGCUAGGAAUGGUAUGAGUGCCACAUUGCAAAGGCCACUAUACGCUUCCCCAUUGGCUGAAUUUAUUCUCCAAAUCGAGUCACCUAGAGGAACGAAGGUGCCCAAAUACACUAAGUUUGGGGGAGAAUCUGGUGAGUCGACAAUAGAACAUAUUGCUAGAUAUUUAACAGAGUCGGGAGAUUUGGCUCAUAAUGAGUGUUUGAGAUUUUACGAAGGGCACUCCAAAAUCAGUUUGGCAGAACUGUCUAGCAUUAAGAGAAGGUUUGCUGAGAGUAUUGACGAUUAUCUGAAUAGAUUUAGAUCAUUAAAGGCCAGGUGUUUUACGCAAGUACCGGAACAUGAACUUGUUCAAAUUGCUGCUGGGGGGUUAGAUUAUUCCAUUAGGAAGAAAAUAGACCUAACCUUUAUAAAGAGUAUGUCACAAUUGGCUGAUAGAGUUCGACAUCUCGAACGACUGAGGUUAGAAAAGGUUAGACACAGUAAGGUUAAGAAGGAAAAAAUACCUUUCGUCGAUUAUGAUGCGACAUAUCCAAUCUAUGACACUGGUUAUGCCUCAUCGACCGAAUUAGAAAUUAACGUGGUUGAGUUAAAUCCAGGAUCUGCUUAUGAGUGUCAGCAAUGA